GUAAAUCUUCGGCUUAAACCCAAACCCAAAACGGAUUGUAUUUCCUUCAUUCCUUGCGCUCCACAUAUAAUAAUACCUCGGCCAAAAAACCCAGAAACCCACAUAAUCGAAGGUCCCUUUCAGUCUUCCGUUGAAGACCCAAUCAUUACUGUCAGCACCCUUUCUUGCUAGGUCUUGAGUUGAUGUUGAAAUUUUGACUUGCAUCAUGGGUUCCAUUUGUUCCUGUUUCCAUGUCCCGGAUGUUGAUGACAACUUGGAGUCGAAUAGUCCGAAUAAUGGUAACUGCAGUUGUCUAAAUUGCUGCGUCCAAAACAUAAUGAAUAAGUGUGGAGUUCUAUUUGGCAGAGCAGGAAUGCAUGCUUCCUCUUCAUCUAAUCAUGAAGCAGCCUCUUCAAAUUCUAUGGUGGCAGUCAACAAUUCAUCUGAAGCUAGUAGGGCUCAAAAUAGACCCUUGCCAAACAGUGAAAGUCCAAGGCAUUCACUACUGCAACAGGAUGUUCUGGUGACAAGACACGAGAAAAGCUCAGGUCAUUCACGAGUAGAGCCGGAACCAUUUGGAGAAGGCAAUGUCCAAGCAAACCUCAAAUCAUUAGGUGGAGGAAACAAACCAAUUGGAUCUUACCGUGAAGGGAGAUCAAAAGAAUGCUUUUCUGAGUCCUCUCUGACAAUCUUGUCGGCAAAAGGAGAAAGUAGAGGUCAAUAUUUCUAUGGUUCAUCAGAAGAUGAGGAUGUCUGUCCGACAUGUCUUGAAGAAUACACCCCCGAAAAUCCAAAGAUAAAUACAAAAUGUUCUCACCAUUAUCACCUCGGUUGUAUAUAUGAGUGGAUGGAGAGAAGCAAUAGCUGUCCAGUUUGUGGAAGGUUGAUGGUAUUUGAUGAGAACACUUGAUCGUAAGUUGAAGCGAAGUUGAUUGAAGACAGACGUGAGAACUGUAAGAAAAAAAGAAAACUGCAAAUUUGUCAAUAGCCUUACUGAAUUUGCCCAUCAGCAACAAAAGGUUUUUCAAGUUGGUAGGUAGCAUGUACAUUUUGACAGGGUGCUUUUGUUCAUAUUAGUUUUAUUGUGAGGAUGUCUUGUUCAUUUGUCACAAGGUGGUGAAAGAUGGAUAUAUAAUCACUGAAGAAAGAUAUGACAGAUAAUGCAAAC